AUGCUUAUCUCUUAUCUUGCCAAGCGGGCUACAGAGAUACCUCGACUUAUCCCAGUCGUAACACCUGCACUUCGAGAGCGUUCGGUGCCUCCUCAGCCUGCUCUUCGAGAGCGUUCGGUGCCUUUGCAGCUUCCUAUACAAGAUGUGUUUUACGAGGCUCCUCUUAUCAAUUCAUCUGAGAAUGCUCGCCCAGAUGGUGGCCAGCCUCCACAGCCCAACUUCUUUACAAAACCCUCGUUUCUACCACUGGAACAAUAUGACUUCAGUGGUAUGAUGUUGGGUUCCUUCGAAAAUGGCGGAGAUGACAACCACAUUGCCGGCUCAUCGACGUUGCUACCUGCUGUGCCUCAGACUUACAUCACACCUCCUACUCCGACAGGGCCUGCAGAAUGGGAGGGUCAUCCUUACACUGACGGCUUUCCCAUGGAUGAUGCUUUCGACUUCCCCAUGGACGAUACAUCUGAUGUCGUCCCUGCAGUGAAGGGGCGAAGAUUUCAGACAGCGAAUGCUGUGCUCCGAGAGGGAUUCGUGGAACUCGAACGUAUGAUUCAAGAUCUAAGUAGCAAAACAGCCAUCCCCACUCAUCAGAUCGUCAUACUUUGGAACAAGAGCCAUGCGCGCUCCACCAGUACUGUCAACCAUUGGAACGCUUACAGUAGUUACUUCAAGGACCACCUCAAGGACGAGCUUGCGAGGCUCGGCAGGAGGGCCCCCGAGAUUCAUGGCACACCAAGUGCCACUGUGCGCCGUAAUUGCUAUGAACUCUUCAAGGCAGCAUUCCCGGACAAGUGGCAAAACAUCCUCGAGCUUCAUGAACAGUCAGCGAUGCUCCUGGGUAUUCCUCAGACGGUUGCUAUGCGGGGUCAAGAGUUCCACAAAUUUGGCACAAAGAUCUCUGGCCUUAUGGACUCUGCAGCAGCUCGCUAUGGCUUUGAGGCUGCUUUUGUAGCGUGCGGAAAAGUCGUUAAUCAAGACGGCUCGCUGGGCCUAGCCCAUACGACACCUGGAGCUGAGGGUUUUUGGAAAUCGCGCUGUAGGGCUGAUGAAGAUACUAUCAUCGGUCACUUGAAAGCCAGUAACCUGACAUCACUCGGUGUCGUCGAAGAGGCCUUUGAUGAAGACAGCAUUGGGAUCGAUGCCAACGUACGCGGGGCUUCAGUCCCCCCUUCAGAAUCUCUCGACAUUUCCAAGCAUGGAAUCAAGUGGAUCAAGGAUGAGUUGCAUCGUCAAAUUGAUGCACUGGGCGGAAAACUAACGUCCAACAAGAUUUUUCCGUGGAAGACACUGCCAUCGGAGCUCACGCGUAUCGCAAACCUGACUCUGAAGGAGACCGGCAUUGUCAUCGCAGCCUUGAAGGCGGGGACCAUGAGCAUCAAAAAAAUUGCCGAAGCUAAGCGAGCUAAAGUCCUCACUUCUGAGUGCCCAGUAGUGGAGGGCGCGCCUCCUGCAGCAGAUUCGGUUCAUACUGCAGGACGUCGCCUUUUUGUGAAUGGCAAAUCGGAUCGCCUGGGUGCUCUGCGCCUGAAGCAGAGCACAGCUACUUCCAUAGUCAAAGGCAAAACAUCAAAGAAAGCAUCGGCACUGCCUGCUUCCACAACAUCUCUUGCUGACGAGUCCGAUGACGAACCAAGCGUGUCUGCACCUUGCCCGACGGGCCAGAAGAAGGUCGACAAGGAGGUCAUUUCCUUGGCAUCUAGUGAUACUCCGUCUGGCUCAGAGGACCUAGAUGAAAACCUGGAGGAAUCAGUGGUUCUCGACUCCGAUUACCAAGAUGAUGUUUCCUCCAAGAAGCGGAAGGCGAAAUCCGAAGGCGCCUCGCGAGCAUCCAAAAGAGGUCACCCCAAACCUGCUAAACGUCUGCUUAAUGGUUCGUCAGCUCAAGAGCAUCCUGUGACUGCAGUCGAUCCCAUCGUGGAUAAUGACGUCGAUGCUCCUGACGGUAGUGCCGUCAACAAAGCUGCAGCAGAGACUCGCUCGAGCAAUGCUGAUGCUACCAACAGCCUCCCCACACGUCCCUUGCCUCCCUCGCCAACUCGUCAUGCUUCGGUAGACUUAUUCCCGGACAACAUCGUGCGUGCAGGAUCUCUCGCACCAGCUUCUAAGUCGCCUGUUCGGCGUACCGAAUCCGAGAUGGCGGCUGCACCUACCGACGGAGACUUUAAUGCCGAGAGUCACUCCAUGACGCGGGCGCACGAUGCAGACAUGAGACCAGGGAUGUAUGGUCCACGCCCAAGGGGUCCAAUGCCAUCGCGCUAUGGACAAGGCUUUGCUCGUUACCCGCCGCCCGAAUAUUACCAUGACUCCCGUAUGGCUCAUGCCCCCCAGCCCCCCCAUGGUCCUCAGCCUCAGUAUCACGGUGAUUACCAUGAUGCUCCCUACCACAAUUCUCACGAUGGAUACGACGGUUAUGUCGAGACUUAUUGGCACCCUCCCAGCAGUGCAUAUUUUGGUCCACAAGGCAGAUACCAGCAUGGGUAUGGGCGUGAGUAUCCUAACGAGUACCCCAAGGACCAGGAGGAUUGA